GAUCCAAUGCCAGAAUAUAGGCUCUUUGGUACUAUUGUCCAUUCUGGAUACUCCCCGGAAUCUGGCCAUUAUUAUGCUUAUAUAAAGGAUGCCAAGGGCCAAUGGUAUUGCUGUGAUGAUUCUUCUGUCUCACUUGCGACCCUCAAAGAAGUUUUGUCAGAAAAGGUUUACAUACUUUUUUUUUCUCGCACUAACCAAAGGCCAGUGCCAAUUAGAAAUGGUUUUGCUUCAAAUGGUUCAAGACUCGUUGGUUUGGAGAAUGUCAAGAAAGAUUCUUCAUCAAUCAGGAAUGGUUUUGAAAAAAAUAAAUUAGAUGUUGUUGACAACUUAAGAAGGAAGGAUUCAGUCUUAACAAAUAAAAACAGCAGUAUUCAGUCUGUUGAAAAAUAUCCCAGAAAGUCAGAUCUUGUGGAUGACACUGAGAGAAGCAGAGCAAUAUCAGGUAAAGGACCUGAUAACUAUAAGCUAGAAGGCAAUGGUCUCAACAAGCAGUCUAAAUCAUUGGAGAAUAAGAGGAAGGAACCAGUGGCUACCAGCAUUUUGCUUUCCCAUGAUGAUCAGUCUGAAGCAAGAGUUCAGGAACUGAAAGACAUGCUUGAAAAAGAGGCAAAGUCAGUUUUAAGAUCAUGCGGCUGGACAGAUAAGGUGUAUGGCUAUAUGUCUUCUAGAAAGAGGUUGUGCGCACCAAAAGUAGGGAAUUCAUCAAGUGAGGAUGAAAUAAAGAAGUUGCUAAUAAGCGAGGCCAAGGGAUCUUUUAUAUCACAGAUCCCUGAGUCAUUGAAAGAGUGUCUGAUUGAUCGUCUCCGAUUAUUUAGCAAAGAAAAGACACAACUUGGAAGACCGUGAUGAGAAGCAUGGUGUGUGGGAGACCCGUUCUUAUAUUCUGUAGAUCAUUUCCAGCCCUUCACUUAGGCACUCGCAGAUUUUCAUAAUUGACACAUUUGUGCAGCUUGUUGGCAUACAUAUCUUGCUACCGGGCCUUGGUGUUCAUAGUAUGUAUUAUCUAUUGUCCUGGUGAUGGUGAGAUUCUUACUGGGAUGCUCAGUGGGGCAUCCUUAUACUCUGACUGUUCGGGCCUGUGCUGGCUGCAGCAGUAGGUUGUCAUUCAAGCCUUCCUUCACCCAAAAUUGACAUUGUUAUUCUAGAUGCUCCAUCAACAUAUUAAUGUAGCAGUUCAGAUAUGAAGUCUUCUUGCCAUGACUUCUCUUUCUUCAUGGAGGCUGUGCAGCACUAUUUUUUCGAGAGCAUUUUGGAGAUUUUAUUUUGUACGAUAUCUGUUUAGCCAUGUGUUAGCACGGAAUCCUUCUCUUUUUCUUGUAGAAUUGGUAAACAAAUUUUCCAUCCACGAAAAUGAGGGUUUGCUAUGUGCAUAACUUGUGGAUGCGUUCUAUUAACAAUAUAACUGUACACUUUGGUAAGAAUACACCAUUCACUAUGAAAAGGUGGCCCUGGCCUCCAAUAGUUUUCUGCCUCCUUUCC